AUGAGUAAAGCGGCCUCAACCUCGUUUUUAGAUCUUUCCUCUGAAGACGAAGACGUAGAAUCACAUGUUAUAUCGGAUGAAGAAGACUUGGAUCUGCAGAGCAAAAAUAAGUCACUGAAAAGAGGAUUUGACGCAUUUAGCGAGGACGAUGAGGACGAGGACCAUGACGAAGACAAAGGACAAGACGACCACAAAGAUGGCAAAAUUGCCACUGAACACAAAGAAGGGGACGAUGACAAAGAAAGUUUUUUGAGUGAGGAUUUAAAUAACUUGACAAAGGAAUCCAAGAUUGUUAAAUCCAAGCGUAACAAGAAGCUGACCCCAGAACAAUUAGCCAAGCAGCAGAAGAAAUUGAAGAAAACAGGUGUCGUUUAUCUGUCUUCACUUCCGCCUUAUAUGAAACCUACAAAGAUGAGACAGAUAUUGUCCAGAUUUGGUGAAGUUGACAGAUUGUACCUGAAGCCAGAAGACAUACUGACCCAGAAUAAAAGAGUCAGAUUCGGAGGAAAUAAGAAGAGAAUGUACACAGAGGGAUGGGCAGAGUAUUUGAACAAAAAGGAUGCAAAAUUGGCCGCCGAGACGCUGAAUGCAAAUAGUCUAGGUGGGAAGAAAGGUACUUUUUAUUACGACGAUAUCAUAAACAUAAAAUAUUUGAGUGGAUUCAAAUGGCACGACCUCACGGAACAGAUCGCUAAGGAGAACGAGAGAAGAGAAGCUAAAUUGAGACAAGAGUUAACGCAGGAGAACAAACUUAGUAAAGUGUUUAUUAGCAAUGUGGAAAAAUCUAGAAAUAUAGAAAGGAAAAGGGAGAAAUACGGGCCAAGCAAGAAAGAUGAAGAGCUACGAAGAAGCUUCCAUCAAAGAGACGUUGCUUCCAGAAGAGCAGAUGCGCCGGCUGAAAUCAAAAAGCAAAAGAAAAGUGAAAAAUUGGAGGGUGUUUUGUCCAAAGUGUUCUAG